AUGGAGAAAGGAGACACAUUGUUUCAACUUUCGCGAAGGAGAGUGCACCAUCACACUAAAGGACGUCGCCAUCCUAACUCAUCUGCCCAUUGA